AUUCGGCAUUCAGUCUUACUUUAGCUUAGGUCCGCUUCAGUUCGUCGCCGUGUUUUUCUACUUCUCGUCUUAACGAAUUUCGGGUAAAAAAAAAAAACAAAAGUUUAGUUUCUGUUCAAACCCGACUUGGUCAUCAUAGCUCAUCCGCAAAUAUGAGGCGGACAAUUAGCUUUGCUUUUGUGUUUUUACAAAUUUUGUUACUCGUCAAUGCUACUGGAUUCUAUACCAUUGUAGCGCCCGGAACCAUUCAAUCCAAUUAUGAAUACGAUGUCAGUGUUACCCUGCACGACAGCCCUGAACCGGCAAAAAUUAAAGUGGGAAUAACGGGUAAAAAAUAUAAUAACACCCAAACCGUCAAUGUGGCCAGUGGUGAGACAAAAGUUGUACACUUCGACAUAACCCAGCUAGAAGAUGGUGACUAUAAACUGGAAACCGAGGGCGUUAAGGGUUUAACCUUUAAGAACUCCACUGAGUUGGUCUAUAAAAAUGAAGGACCCAAGGUCUAUAUACAAACGGACAAGGCCGUCUAUAAACCUGGUGAUUUGGUACAGUAUCGCAUUCUUGCACUCGAUGAAAAUACCAGACCCGCUAAGUUGCACGAACCCCUAAAUGUGGGCAUACGUGAUGGGGCCGGAAACCACAUCAAACAACUGAACGAUAUUCAAAUGACCAAGGGUGUAUAUGCCGGCGAAUUCCAACUAUCCGAACAACCUGUCUUGGGUAACUGGGUUUUGGACGUUACCGCUGGCAAGGAGAACAAAGCCAAGACAGAGAAAAAUUUCGAAGUGGCCAAAUAUGUUUUGCCCAAAUUUAGUGUGGAAAUUGAAACGGCCAAGGAUGUGGCCAUCUAUGAUGGUGUCAUCAAGAUUACAGUGCGGUCCAAAUACACCUAUGGCAAGCCUGUGAAGGGUAAGGCCACCGUUAGCAUUGCCUCUUCAUCUCGCACUCAGGCGGCGGAAAAGACCAUCGAUGUUGAUGGCAAAGGCCAUUUGGAAUUUGAUAUGGUCAAGGAUCUGAAAUUGGACAGAAGUCAGUUCGAUAGCAUGUCUCAAAAUCAAUUCCGCUACUACGGCUAUUUGCCACCGUUGGAAGUCUUGGCCGUCGUCACCGAAGGCUAUACGGGAAAUUCCCAGAAUAAGACUACCUCAAUUAAUUUGGAACCGUCCCGCUAUCGCAUCAAUGUCCCCCAAAAUGUUUACGAAUACGUUCCAAAGAAGCCAUUCGAAAUUAAGGCCUACGUUCAGAAGUUGGACGGCUCUCCGGUACGCGAUGCCAAGACAAAGGCCAAGUUGAGCAUCAAGAGACAAAGUUACUAUUGGAUGCCAGCUGAAGAAAAGAUCAAAGCCGAUUAUGUCUAUGAAUCGGAUGUAAAGGAUGAUGGUUCGGUCUUGUUCACGGUGACAAUUCCCGAUACGGGUUAUUAUGGUGAUGUUACCAUCCAGUAUGAGGAGAAAACUCAUUAUUUGCCGGGAAUACGUUCGAAAGAGGAGGAGAAGUCGUCGGACGACAAGAGCGGAGAGAAGAAGGAGGAGUCUUUUGGCCCCUUGAAAAUUGUCAAGAAAUCCGAAAGCUAUAAAUUGUCCGAUGAUGUUGAAUUUGAGGUUAAAUCCGAUGACCCAAUGCCCUAUUUCGUCUAUGUCAUUACGGGACGUGGUAAAAUUUUGGAACAGAAAUACGUUGCCUUAGAGGAUAAUGUAAAAUCGCAUAAGGUCUCGUUGAAGCCCACUUUCGAUAUGGUACCCAAUGCCAAAGUCUAUGCCUACUAUGUUAAAAAUGGCGAUUUGAAAUUCAAUGAAGCCACCAUUAAUUUUAGCGAUGAUUUUGAAAAUAAGAUCGAAAUUACGGCCCCGGAACAAGCCAAGCCCAGCGAGGAAGUAACGCUAAACAUUAAAGCUGAUCCAGAUUCUUUCAUUGGCCUCAUGGGUGUUGAUCAGAGUGUCUUGCUCUUGAAAGCCGGCAAUGAUUUAGACCCAAAGUCCAUAAAAUCCGAUUUGAAUUCGUAUGACACUCGAACUCCUUACAUUCGCGGCUGGGGUGAUUAUCCUGGCAAGGAAUCGGGUUUGGUCACUCUAACCAAUGCCAACUAUCCGUACAAUGAAGAUUUAAAACGCACUGGCGUAUCUUGGCGAGAACUUUCGUUUCGAGAUUUUAUUCGCCUUUGGUCACAAAGUUCUGACAUCACCACAUAUCGACGCUCCUCUGAAGUGGUUUCAUCCUACACCAAUCCUGGUCAUAGAUCACGUCAAAGUUACAAACUAAAAAUUCUUAAAGAUUCACAUAAAAGUAUGAAACCAAUAACAACAAUUCGUCGAGAUUUUAAUGAAAUAUGGAUAUUUAACAAGGCAACAACCACUGAUGCCUCGGGCAUGGCCAAACUUAGCAAAAAGAUUCCCGAUACUAUCACCUCUUGGGUGGUGACCGGCUUUGCCAUGAACGAAAAAACAGGCUUUGCCAUGGCUGAAAAUCCCACCAAAAUCAAGGUCUUCCAGCCUUUCUUUAUCAGCACCAACCUUCCCUAUUCGGUGAAGCGGGGCGAAGUCAUCUCCAUACCCAUUGUGGUGUUCAAUUACAUGGAAAAAUCGCUGGAUGCCGAAGUGACAAUGGAGAAUACCGAUGAGGAGUAUGACUUUACCGAGGCCACAAAUGACAUUGAGGAAUCGGUGUUGGAGGAGAAACAGAGAACUAAGAGUAUUACUGUACCCUCGAAUGGUGGUCAAACGGUGUCCUUUAUGAUACGACCCAACAAAGUGGGUGAUAUUACACUGAAAAUCAAGGCCAUCAGUGCCCUGGCCGGAGAUGCCAUACAUCAAAAGCUCAAGGUGGAACCGGAGGGUGUAACGCAUUACGAAAAUCAUGCCAUCUUUGUGAAUAUACCCGACAAGCAGGGAUCAGCCAAACAUGAACUCCAAGCUCCCAUUCCCAAGGAUGCGGUUCUGGAUUCGGAAUAUUUGGAAUUUUCAGCUGUGGGUGAUAUUCUGGGUCCCACCAUUAAAAACAUCGACAAACUGGUGCGCAUGCCUUAUGGCUGUGGCGAACAGAAUAUGGUGAAUUUUGUGCCAAAUAUUUUGGUUCUUUACUAUUUGGAUGCCAUUAAAAAGGAUAUGCCUCUGAUUGCCCAGAAGGCCAAAAGCUAUAUGGAAUCCGGCUAUCAAAGGGAAUUGACCUACAAACAUAAAAAUGGAGCCUACAGUGCCUUUGGCGAGGGUCGCAGUGAGGACAAUAGCUGGCUAACAGCCUAUGUGGCACGUUCAUUUAUACAGGCCCGUAAAUACAUAACCAUUGAUGCGGCGGUGAUUGAUCAGGCCCUGGAAUUCCUGGCCAAGACCCAGGCCGAAGAUGGCCAUUUUCCACAAAAGGGUAAACUUUUCCAUCCAGCCCAUCAAAAUGAUGUUGGAUUUACGGCCUUUGCUCUGCUGGCUUUCCUGGAGGAUACGGACUAUGCCUCGAAAUACAAACCCCAAAUCCAAAAAGCCCUGCAAUACCUUGCCGAUCACAUUGAAAAAGAGGAUAACAUUUAUGCCCUGGCAAUCGCUGGUGUGGUAUUGAACAAGGUUCAUCAUCCGGAUGCCUCGAAACUCUUGGAGAAACUGGAAAAAUCUUCAACAUUUGAGAAUGGCCUAAAAUGGUGGUCGAAUGCCAACAAGGAUCAUUCAAAUGACAUUGAGGUGACCUCCUACAUUCUACAGUCCUUGGUCGAGACGGAAGAAGCUGGAAAACUAUUACCCAUCGUACAAUGGUUGGUGGGUCAACGUAACAGUUUGGGUGGUUUCGAUUCCACACAGGACACCGUGGUCGGUCUACAGGCUCUGAUUAAAUUUGCCGAACGUUUCAUGGCCGUUGGCGGAGGUGAUGGCAAAAUGUCCAUUGCAUUCGAGGCCAAGGAUGGUGAGGGCCACGAGACCACUAAGGAUACGAUUGAGGUGGACAAGGAUAAUGCAUUGUUGUUGCAAACACAUGUGCUACCCAAAUCAUCACGUCAAGUCUCGAUGACAGCCACCGGUCAGGGUUCGUGUCUAGUUCAGUUGUCCUAUCGUUACAAUUUGGCCACAAGGGAUGACAAACCCAGUUUCGCCAUCAAACAUGAAUUGAAGGAAACCCCCACCUCGCAUCAGCUGCUCAUGAAUGUCUGUGCCGAAUAUCAGCCAGGCCCUGAGAGUCAACUCAAAGAAUCAAACAUGGCUGUUAUGGAAAUUUCUCUACCCUCCGGUUUCACGGCCGAUUCGGAUAGUUUCGAUAAGAUACGCAACGCCAAUCAAGUUCAGCGCGUUGAAACGAAAAAUUCCGAAACGGUAAUCAUUGUCUAUUUCGAAAGUUUGAAGGCAGCUGAACCGGUGUGUUUCGACGUCUUUGCCGAGAAGUCACAUGCCGUGGCCAAGCAAAAGCCGGCUGCCAUAACCGUCUACGACUACUACAAUACGGAGCAAAGGGCCACGGUCUACUAUGAGGUCAAGUCAUCGCUGUGUGAUAUCUGUGAAAAGGAUGAAUGCGGCCAGGGUUGUUCGAAAUAGAAAUGGUUAAGGCUGCUAAA